AUGGCCGCCUCACAAGCCACAACGCCCGAUAGGCGCACCAGCUCAGACGACACAGUCAAUCCCGCGCGCAGCACAGAUGGCGAGAUCAAGGCCAUUGAAGCUGGCGUUGGAGUCGACAAGGAGCUCGGAGAGAGCAACAUUGGCCCGCCCGCAGAAGACCCGGAAGCCAGCCGGACGAAGGUUGAGACGUUUCUCAUCAUCUUCGCCCUGUGUCUGGCCCUUUUCCUGGCCGCUCUUGACAUGACCAUUAUCACCACUGCUAUCCCAACCAUCUCCAACCACUUUGGUUCCAGCGCCGGUUACAUCUGGAUUGGAAGUGCCUAUCUGCUCGGCAACGCUGCAUUCGUGCCUACAUGGGGCAAGAUAUCCGACAUCUUCGGCCGCAAGCCUACCCUCAUCGCUACCGUCACCAUCUUCUGGAUCGGUUCGCUGCUAUGCGCCGUCAGCACCAGCAUGGGUAUGCUUAUUGCUGCCCGUGCUAUCCAGGGCGUCGGUGGUGGUGGUACCAUCGUUCUGCCCAACAUCUGCAUCUCUGAUCUCUUCUCUAUGCGCAAGCGAGGCAUGUAUUUUGGUAUCCUCGGUAUGGUUUGGGCCCUUGCCUCGGCCAUCGGACCCAUUCUUGGUGGUGUCUUCACCAGCAAGGUCUCGUGGCGCUGGUGCUUCUACAUCAACCUGCCUUUGGGUGGCAUUGGACUGCUCAUUCUCAUCUUCGUCCUCAAGCUGCACAACCCCCGCACGCCAAUCAAGCAAGGACUGGCUGCCAUUGACUGGGUCGGCAACGUUCUCAUUAUUGGCGGUACCCUUAUGCUGCUCUUUGGGCUUGAGUUUGGUGGUGUUCAGUUCCCCUGGAAGUCCGCUGCCGUCAUCUGCCUCAUCGUCUUUGGUUUCAUCACCAUUGCCCUCUUUGGUAUCUAUGAGAACCGAGUGGCCAAGUUCCCCGUGAUGCCUACUCGACUUUUCCGUGGUAGGACCAGCAUUGCCGCCUACGGCCUGUCUCUCAUGCAUGCCAUGACCUUCAUGUCUGGCAGCUACUGGCUUCCUCUCUACUUCCAGGCCGUCUUGGGUGCCACAUCUCUUCUUUCUGGUGUCUACAUUUUGCCCUAUGUCCUGGCCCUGUCCAUAACAUCUGCCCUGACCGGUGUCUUCAUCAAGAAGACGGGCAACUACAAGAUUCCCAUCAUUUUUGGACUGACGGUCAUGACUCUGGGCUUCGGUCUCUUCAUUGACCUAGGCUCUAGGGCAAACUGGGCCAAGAUUAUCAUUUUCCAGAUCAUUGCCGGCAUUGGUGUCGGUCCCAACUUUCAGUCUCCUCUCAUUGCCCUGCAAACCAACGUUGAGCCCCGAGAUAUUGGAGCUGCUACUGCCAGCUUCCAGUUCCUCCGUCAACUUGGAACGUCCACCUCUGUCGUCAUUGGCGGUGUCAUCUUCGACAACGAGAUGCAGAAGCAGCAAGCCUUCCUACAACAACAGCUCGGGCCCGAGUUGGGUGGUAGAUUUUCCGGCUCUCAGGCUGCAUCAAGUGUAUUCCUAGUAGCCAGCCUGAAUGGCCAUCAGCGAGAGGUGGUCGCCACGGCCUACUGGAAUGCCCUGCAAAAGAUGUUUAUCGCUUAUACCUGCUUCGUUGCUCUUGGCCUCUUCAUCAGUCUCUUUGUUGAGCAGAAGACGCUCAGCAAGCAGCACACGGAGCACAAGACAGGCCUCAAAUCUCUCAAGCAGGAGACAAAGACGAAGCAACCCGAUGUUGAGAAGGCCGUGGAUGUCGCCAAGUAA